AUGAAUCCUAAGACCUCAACUGUCCGCGAGCCUGGAACUUCCCAGGCAUGGCUUGUCGGUAGCGGAAUUGCAUCCCUUGCUGCAGCUGUGUAUCUUAUCAAUGAUACACAAAUGCCAGGAUCUAACAUUCACAUACUUGACCGUCAUCCAAAGUCUGGGGGAGGUAUCACUAGCUCUGGAGAUUCAGAGAAUGGCUUCCUGAUUCGGCCUGGGAGUUCACCAUACUUUCAUGCCGAAUGCGUCGAAAAGCUCCUCUCAUUGGUUCCAAUGGUAAAGAACUCGGAUAAAUCUCUGCUGGAUUCAGUACGAGAUUUCGAACAUAGUGAAAGCCCCGUACCUGGUAGAGUUGCAAAUACACGAUUCAUUCGAACCAAAGAAGGACAUGCUGAACGAUCGGAUGCAAAUCAUUUAUCGAUUGGACCUCAUAAUAGGUUGCAACUACUGAAGGUGCUAUUAGAAAAUGAAAAGUCGCUCGGAAGAAAAAGUAUACAAGACUUCUUCGGGGAUGAGUUUUUUGGAACAGAUUUCUGGGCGUUGUGGUCCACUACAACCCGAUUCAACUUCUAUGAAUCGGUUAUACUACCGAUAUCCGCAUAUCUUCGCGCGGAGGGUGUGAGCUUUCAUUUCAACACAAAAGUUGUCGACAUAAUCUUAAACUCAUCUGUGGAGUCCUCUAAUGAUGCGAAAACGGUUUCCGAGCUCGUUUUGAGGGAAAGUAACGAAGAGCAAAGAGUCAAGAUCAACCCGUGCGAUCUCGCUAUUGUGACUCUUGGAUCGCCAAACUCAGGCGCUCAGGUAGGAACCAACUUUGAGCCACCUCCUCGUGUAUCGGAUCCAGAUGAUAUCACAUAUGGCGAUUGGUCUCUAUGGUUCCACCUAGCAAGUAGGUCAACGAAUUUUGGCUCGCCACUGAAUUUCAACUCCUCCACCCCUCAAUCCACUCUCGUGACUUUUACAGUGACUCUCUACGAUCCGCAUUUUAUACAUCUAUAUCGAGCCUUAACCCACGAUGUUGCAGGCACUGGUGCACUAGUCUCCUUUCCUGACAGUAACUGGUUACUUAGUAUCAGUGUUCCUCAUCAGCCGGUUUUCUCUAAUCAACCCGCGAACGUAUAUGUUAUUUGGGGCUACGGCCUUCGGCCUGAGAAAUUAGGCAAUACGAUUGACAGACCUAUGACAGACUGUACUGGGGAGCAGAUCAUGGCGGAGCUACUGUCACAUCUCAAUUUCCCUGCGGAAAGUAUUCUUCCUAAAUCAAACACUAUCCCGUGCAUUCUACCUCUUGCAACCUCCGCUCUCUUACCAAGGGCACACAGCGAUCGACCAGAGGUGAUACCGCAGAAUACUACCAACAUCGCACUGGUAGGGCAGUUUGCAGAAAUUCCUUCGGAUACCACCUUGAACGUCGAGUACAGUGUGCGGGGAGCUCAGAUUGCGGUUCAUAAGUUAAUGGGAUUGAAAAAGUCUGUUCCUAGGCCGAAGACGAAUAUUUUGAUCGAUAUCUUUGACCUUCUCUCGGAAGGAUUGACUUAA